CGCUUUAAACCUGUGUGUGUGUGAUCGCAAGACACCGGGCUGUUUGCACUCCUAGUUUCCUGAAGCUAAUCAUCUAAAACUGCCAGUUCUGUGUAACUAUGGACCCACCAAAAUCCCAGAGUAAAGGUGUCAGCACAGGAACUACCAUAGUAGCAGUAAAGUACAAUGGAGGUGUUAUCAUUGGUUCAGACUCCAGGGCCUCAAUUGGUGGGUCGUAUGUGUCAUCUAAAGUCAUUAACAAGCUGAUACAGGUUCAUGAUCGGAUAUUUUGCUGCAUUGCUGGUUCAUUGGCAGACGCACAACAUGUCACAAGAGUGGCCAAGUUUCAGCUGUCUUUCCACAGUAUACAGAUGGGGUCUCCUCCUUUGGUGAAAGCUGCAGCCACUGUGCUAAAGGAGCUGUGCUACAGUAAUAGGGAAGAUCUACAGGCUGGUUUCAUCACAGCGGGUUGGGACAAGAAGAAAGGGCCACAGGUGUACACAGUAUCUAUGGGAGGGAUGCUGAUUAGUCAACCCUUUACCAUCGGUGGUUCUGGUAGCACAUAUAUCUACGGCUACAUGGACGCCAAGUACAAACCUGACAUGAGCCGAGAGGAGUGCAUUCAGUUUGUUACAAAUGCUUUGGCAUUGGCUAUUGGCAGAGAUAACGUGAGUGGUGGCAUCGCUCAUUUGGUGGUGAUUACCGAAGGUGGAGUUGAUCAUGUGGUUGUUCCUGGUGAUAAAUUACCAAAGUUCAGUGAUGAAUAACUGAUAAAAAAAAAAACAGAAAACUCUGAGUAACUACUGUGAUAUUCUGAAAUGGUAGAGAGAGUACACUAAUGUAGUAUGCUUGUUCAAACCAAUUUGCAAUGACAAAAUAAUUACUAUUACAAAAACACCAUGUAGUGAAUAAGAAGCCAUUUGUCCAUUGGGGUACAGCCAUGUUCAACAUUAGAUUUUCUAAUAAAAUUUCUUUUGCUUAAGAAAAUGAA